AAGCCUUGGGAGGUAUUGCAACAACGACAACAACAUGCUGUUAACAUAAAGUGGAUGCCUUGCACAUUGGUCUUCUACUAUAUAUAGAGACAAGCUCUUCUGCCUCUAUUCCCACCAAGGUCCAUUUGAACUGCUAAUCUUUCAUCUUCUUUGAGAAGUUCAGUACUUGUUGUUCUAAGCUUCAUAGGCAAUGAUACGAGGGAGGGACCCUUUGAUCUUAGGACAAAUCAUUGGUGAUGUCCUGGAUCAUUUUGUGAGGUCCGCUAGCAUGAGAGUGGUGUACAAUGGUAAGGAACUCACUAAUGGGACGGGGCUGAGGCCAUCGGCGGUGGCGGGUGCGCCACAGGUCGAGAUUGGAGGGCAUGACCAAAGGAGGCUCUACACCCUUGUGAUGGUGGACCCUGAUGCACCAAGCCCAAGCAAUCCAACCCAUCGAGAGUACUUGCACUGGUUGGUGACCGACAUCCCAGAAACGACUGAUGCGAGUUCUGGUCUGACCUGAAGAAUAAGCAGUUGGACGGUUCUGAUCUGCCCAACAGCGCUUCCUCGGGAUGAACAUGAUUAUGUAUUCUUGUGUGGGCCCCACUUGAGACAAAUUAGUCAGCGUGGCAAGGCUUCCAACCGGAAAUCAAAGUAGAUGGACGGCUGCAGCUUGACCGAUGCUUUAUUUUUGUGUGGGCCCACAAGAAAAUCAAAGUAAAUAGAUGGCCCUGAUGUACCCAUAGUGUCAGAUACUAUCCUGAAAAAAAAAAUAUAUAUUAUAUAUAUAUCUAUAUAUAUAUAUAUAUAUACACAUGUAACCACACCUAGAACACAUGAUCCCACCGAACAAUAAAACAAACGUUAAAUUUGGAUGGUUGUGAUUUCUUCA